AUGUCUGCUUCUUCUGGUUCCAUCAACUCCUCUAUCUUCAUUCUUACGGGGUUCCCUGGACUGGAACAGUAUUACCCCUGGUUUUCAAUUCCUUUCUCCUCCAUAUAUGCUAUGGUUUUCCUGGGAAACUGUAUGGUGCUCCAUGUGAUACGCACUGAAGUGAGUCUACACCAGCCCAUGUUCUAUUUUCUGGCCUUAUUGGCCCUCACGGACCUGUGUAUGGGGCUGUCCACAGUGCACACAGUGUUGGGGAUCCUUUGGGCACUCAGCAAGGAAAUCAGUCUGGACGCUUGCAUUUCACAGACCUAUUUUGUCCAUGGGCUCUCCUGUACAGAAUCUGGAGUCCUUCUUGCCAUGGCUUUUGAUCGCUUUAUUGCGAUCUGCAAUCCUCUGAGAUAUACUUCCAUUCUGACUAAUAGUAGAGUCAUUCAUAUCAUGGGGACCAUUUUGAUGAGAAGUGGCUUAUCCAUUCUUCCUGUCAUCAUCCGCCUGAAGUUCUUCCAUUACUGCCGCCCCCACACCCUCUCCCACUCUUUCUGCCUGCACCAGGACCUACUCCGGCUGGCCUGCUCUGAUAUUCGCUUCAACAGCUUCUAUGCCCUGGCGCUGGUGAUUUGCACCUUGUUGUUGGAUGCUGUCCUUAUCCUCAUCUCCUAUGUUUUCAUCUUGCACACAGUGCUGGCCAUUGCCUCUCGAGAAGAGAGACUCAAGUCUUUGCAGACCUGUGUUUCCCACAUCUGUGCUGUGUUAGUUUUUUAUAUCCCCAUCAUUGGACUCACCAUGGUACACCGCUUUGGAAAGCACCUGUCACCUUUGGUUCAUGUCCUUAUGGGUAAUAUCUACAUCCUUUUCCCACCUCUGAUGAAUCCCAUCAUCUACAGUGUAAAAACACAGCAGAUCCGAAGUAGGAUGAAAAAGUGGUUUCCCUGA